AUAAAGUGCACCAGCAGACCACAGGAAAGCCACGCAGCAGUUCACCCUCAGCAGCUGAGUAGUAAGAUGCUCUGCCGAGUUACUGAAGGACUUCCCUCGUCACCACCGAGGGUAACAGUGGCGGUGGUGGUGAUGAUGGUAAUCCAAGCUGACCCCGCCACGACGACUUUCCUGCAGAGACUGACAGAGGAAGAGCUUGUGUUGUCUGUGAUAGUAAACCAGAUGGCCAUACUGCGGAUUAUGAACGAGUCUUCCUCCCUCUGUGCCCGCGAAGUUGACGCGCACCUGGAACAAGGAAUGAGCGAGCUGCGAGCCAUGAAUGAACAGAUGCUGGAGACCAAGAUGCAGGCAAUGAAUGACCAGGUGAUGAGUAAACUGCAUGGCCUUGAGGAGACGGUAAACACCACUGUGGAGGCCAUGGAUGUGCAGAUCAGUAUGAUUGAGAAUGUGACAACGAACAUUAAGGAGGUAGAACAAACGACAGCGGUGGUCCACAACAUUCCAAGAAUGUCACUAUGCGUUGGACACAAAGAGCUGCACGAGACUGAAGGAUUACUAAACUCGAACUGGAGCGUCCUACAGCUCACAGAUGUUCCUGGUGGUGACGCUGCCGGAGGGAACCCAUCCUGUAUUCGAAUGGAUUGACUUUGAUAUGUUUUGUUCCUCAUGCAAAUGUGGUUCUGUCACUCUUAAGCAAGAUAUUCCAUCGUCGGAAGAUAUUCUUUUGUAUUCGCCAGUACACGACCGUCGGCAGGGGAGAUAUGUGCAGGUUGCUGGGCCAUUCUGUGGCCGCUCUCCGCCUACACCACUUGUGAGCGAGAUGGGAGUCUCCAGCAACAAGUUUCAAGUCUCAUUCAGUAGCAAACGCUCUUCGCGUUACCGAGGAAGAAGGGGAUUCACACUCUCCUACAAAGCUGUGCCCGAUGCUUGACUUUUCAUAUGGAUCUUUCUCCAACACCGCUCUCUCAGUGCCGGUAAUCAGUGGACGAUGAGGCACUGCUCGCCAUCCACCACAUGCCGAGGCACCCGCACCACCACCGCCACCGCCACCGCCACCGCCGCCACCACCACCUACCAGAUCCUGCCAGCAGCUAUCAAACCACAAACCAACAAUACUCAUUAAAGAAAAGAAAAUAUUCAUGUGAAUCUCGGAGAUCUCUCUAUGUUAACUUCCUGUUUUUUUCACCUCUGAAAAAGACCGCUAUCCACAACUGUACCUCGUCCAUCCCCGUCAGUCCCCAAAGCCUCCGCCGCCCCUCUCACUCCAUCACCCUGGCCACGUUAAGACAUUUUCUCGGUGUGAUGUUUUUCUAAUCUAGCUACGUAUGAUGAAACAACGAGUCUGAAUAGCGGGAAUAUGUUCACGUCUGUGUUAUUCACGAUUACUUUUAGUUACUUCAAGCAAUGCUAAACAAGAUAAAAAGUAGCGCCUUAAAACUCCAUCAAAUUACAUUUGAAAACCAAAUAGAAAGAAAUUAGUAGAUUGAGUGAAGUAGACUUUUAAGUCAGAGUCAACAGGAAGGUUUUAAAGAAACAUUUGCAAAUAGGGACGAUGGAUGGACAUACACAGUAGGUAGGUACAUUUCCUACCAAAACUGACACUUGAAGACCUAAUGGCCUCUUUGUAUUCCAUCUGUGCCAGUCUUAACAAGGGCAGCUCCACCCACUGACACCACCUCUGAAUAUUCAAGAUCCUCACGCUGUCAAUGAAGCGAGUCACUGUCUGAGCCUCCACCACAACCCCCGAUACCGGUACACCGGCUCUUGGCAACAGUGCUUCCUCCACCUCUUGCUUCUCAACACUUGCUUCUUCUAUUCUCGUACAAUCCGUUGUAAAGCAAUGCUCCCGACCAACAACAACAAUUGAUUCCAAUACUUUC